AUGGCCAGCUAUUCAAACCACCUCUUCCAGGCGAGCCUGGCUGCGGCUUUGCCGGACCUUUCAACUUCCACACGAGCCGUGCACGCAGAUGACAUCCUCAACAAUGUCGACGACGUGGCACCACCUAUCCAUGUCACCACAACAUUCCGUUAUCCACGAGAUGUGCACUGCUUACGACCACAUCACGAGAGGCCUACGUAUCCCGUGUUGGAUGUUGGAGAGCACUGCUACUCAAGGCAGUCCACACCCGGGUUGUCGCGUCUGGAAGCCGUAUUGUCGUCGAUCCUGGGACAGCCAUGCAUUGCCUACUCUUCCGGCCUGGCCGCGUUCCACGCCCUGUUGAAUAUGCUGAACCCGAAGAGAGUGUCUAUUGGCGCAGGCUAUCAUGGAUGCCACGGCACGCUCGAGCUCUACGCCCGCGCGUCCGGCACCGAGGUGCUCCCGCUCGAUUGUGCCGUGGACCAACUCGGUCCCGGCGACCUGGUCCAUCUCGAGACACCCGUGAACCCCACAGGAAAAGCCUUCAAUAUCCAGUAUUAUGCAGACAGAGCCCAUUCUCGAGGUGCAUACAUCAGUGUGGACUCGACGCUUGCGCCCCCUCCGCUUCGGGACGCCUUUCUCCACGGCGCGGAUGUCGUGAUGCACUCUGCGACGAAAUACAUUGGCGGGCAUUCCGAUUUCCUGUGCGGGAUAUUGGCGGUCAAGAGCAGCAGUGGUGGCCGCGGUAGCGACUGGCUUCAGCAGCUCCACCGAGACAGGCUGUAUCUCGGGUCGGGCAUGGCGGGCUUCGACAGUUGGCUUGCGACGAGGAGUAUCCGAACCAUGGAAAUGAGAGUAUUGAGGCAAAGUCAGUCAGCCGAGUUUAUUGUUGGCGCAUUGCAUUCUGCACUGAUGGUGGGUUCUCAACCACUGACAUCAAAGAUCCUUGGUGACGAAGAUGCCCUGACCAUCCAAAAGGUGGUCAAGGAGAUUCACCAUGCAAGCUUGGAGGUUGAUGCCGAUUCGGCAGGAGGCUGGCUACGAAAGCAGAUGCCCCAAGGCUACGGACCCGUGUUUGCCCUCACUCUCCGGGAGGUUGAGUUUGCGAGGAAUCUGCCGUCUAAGCUUCUUCUCUUUCAUCACGCAACCAGUCUUGGCGGUGUCGAGAGUUUGAUCGAAUGGCGGACAAUGACUGACGCGACCGUGGCCAAGGACCUCUUACGAGUCAGUAUCGGUGUGGAAAGCCCUGAAGACCUCUUGGCAGAUUUGAUUCAGGGCUUAAGAGCAGUUGCAAAUAAAUCUAAUUAG